AACCCAGAGGGAUUGUUGUUGUAUCAGAGGUCAAAGCAAGGAAUCUGACUCCGUUCGGGUAAGGUGCUACCCUUCCGUAGGAAAGAAAGGAGGAAGAGUGGGGAAAAAGAGGAGAAUCCUUCAAAAGCCAACAUUCUGAUUUCGUGAAGGCGUGAGAUCAGGUCCUGCGUAUUUCCCCCUGCCUCCUUCACCCUUCCCCCUUUUUCUAUUUGGAGGCAUCCUCGGAUAUUUGUCUCUUAUCCCCUACGUCCUCGGAAUCUGCCAGCAUUCCCGAAGGGACGCAGCCGGCUUGCAUCCACGCCAGUCCUUUGCUAUUAGCUGCUGGUGUCGUCUGCUUCAUUCUGUGGCGGUGCAGGCAGCCAGACGACCAUUCUCCAUGAGGAGCAGUGGAAGAUGCCGGCUCUGCCAGCGCUGCUGCUGUCGAUUCACCUCCUAUUCCUCUUCCUGUUGCUGACCAUGGCCCCGUCCUCUUUUAGCCAGGCACCUGCCCUUGCCGCUGUCAGGAUGGCGGCCAUUCUAGAUGACCAGUCAGCAUGUGGGCGUGGGGAGCGCUUGGCCCUGGCGCUCGCUCGGGAGAACAUCAACAGCAUGAUGGAAGGACCAGCUCGCGCCCGUGUGGAGGUGGACAUCUUUGAGCUACAGAGGGAUUCGCAGUACGAAACCACUGACACAAUGUGUCAGAUCUUACCAAAGGGCGUGGUUUCUGUCAUAGGCCCCGCCUCCAGUCCGGCCUCCGGAUCCACCGUUAGUCAUAUAUGUGGGGAAAAAGAGAUCCCUCAUAUAAAGAUCGGUCCUGAAGAGACUCCCCGGUUGCCAUACCUCCGCUUUGCCUCUGUGACGCUGUAUCCCAGCAACGAAGACCUGAGCUUGGCAAUCGGUGCCAUUCUUCGAUCCUUUAGCUACCCAACAGCCAGCCUCAUCUGUGCCAAGGCUGAGUGCCUGCUUAGACUGGAGGAGCUGGUACGCCACUUCCUCAUCUCCCGGGACACACUCUCAGUGAGGAUGCUUGACGACAGCUUGGACCCCACUCCCUUGCUGAAGGAAAUCCGUGAUGAUAAAGUAGCAACAAUUAUCAUUGAUGCCAACGCUUCAGUAUCUAUACUCAUACUAAAGAAGGCAUCUGAGCUAGGUAUGACAUCAGCCUUCUACAAGUACAUCCUGACCACAAUGGAUUUCCCACUGUUGAGGCUGGAUGAUGUUGUAGAUGAACAGUCCAACAUUGUAGGAUUCUCCAUGUUGAACAGCAGUCAUCCCUUCUAUCUGGAGUUCAUCAGGAGCCUCAAUCUGUCUUGGAGAGAAGGAUGUGACCUCAGCCCAUACCCUGGUCCAGCUCUGUCGUCGGCCCUGAUGUUUGACGCGGUGCACGUGGUGGUUGGGGCGGUGCAGGAGCUGAAUCGGAGUCAGGAGAUUGGAGUGAAGCCUCUCAGCUGCACCUCCUCACUCAUCUGGCAACAUGGCACCAGCCUCAUGAACUACCUGCGCAUGGUGGAAUAUGAUGGUUUGACAGGACGAGUAGAGUUUAACAGCAAAGGCCAGCGGACAAACUACACUUUGCGCAUUCUGGAGAAAUUCAGAGGAGGGCACAAAGAGAUUGGCAUCUGGUACUCCAACAACACACUGGCAAUGAACUCCACCUCCUUAGACAUCAACACGUCACAUACCUUGGCCAACAAGACGCUUAUCGUGACUACCAUAUUGGAGGACCCAUAUGUGAUGCGAAAAGAAAACUACCAGGACUUUGUGGGAAACGACCAGUAUGAAGGAUUCUGUGUGGACAUGUUGCGGGAACUGUCCGAUAUUUUGAAGUUCUCCUUCAAGAUUAAGCUGGUGGAUGAUGGGCUAUAUGGAGCGCCAGAGCCAAAUGGGUCCUGGACAGGAAUGGUGGGGGAGCUCAUCAAUAGGAAAGCUGAUCUGGCUGUAGCAGGUUUUACCAUCACAUCAGAGAGGGAGAAGGUCAUAGAUUUCUCCAAACCCUUCAUGACUCUGGGCAUCAGCAUUCUCUACCGUGUCCACAUAGGCAGGAAGCCGGGCUACUUCUCCUUCCUUGACCCUUUCUCUCCUGCCGUCUGGCUCUUCAUGCUCUUAGCCUACCUUGCCGUGAGCUGUGUUCUCUUCUUGGCUGCCAGGCUAAGUCCGUAUGAGUGGUAUAACCCCCAUCCGUGUCUGAGGGAGCGCAGGGACCUGCUGGAGAAUCAGUACACGCUUGGAAACAGCCUGUGGUUUCCGGUAGGAGGCUUCAUGCAGCAGGGCUCGGAAAUCAUGCCCCGGGCCCUCUCCACCAGAUGUGUUAGCGGUGUCUGGUGGGCAUUCACACUAAUCAUCAUCUCCUCAUACACGGCCAACCUGGCUGCAUUUUUGACGGUUCAGAGAAUGGAGGUGCCCAUCGAGUCAGCAGAUGACCUGGCGGAUCAGACCAACAUUCAGUAUGGUACCAUCCACGGAGGCAGCACAAUGACCUUCUUCAUGAACUCACGUUACCAGACCUACCAGCGCAUGUGGAACUACAUGUACUCCAAGCAGCCCAGCGUGUUUGUGAAGAGUACAGAGGAGGGCAUCGCCCGUGUGCUGAACUCCAAAUACGCCUUUCUACUAGAGAGCACCAUGAACGAGUACCACCGCCGCCACAACUGCAACCUCACACAGAUAGGAGGCCUGCUGGACACCAAGGGCUAUGGCAUCGGCAUGCCGUUGGGCUCUCCAUUCAGAGAUGAGAUAACUCUGGGAGUGCUGCAGCUACAGGAGAACAACAGGCUGGAGAUCCUGAAGCGCAGGUGGUGGGAGGGUGGGGAGUGCCCCAAAGAGGAGGACCAUCGCGCUAAAGGUCUGGGUAUGGAGAAUAUCGGUGGGAUCUUUGUGGUCCUGAUUUGUGGUCUGAUAAUCGCAGUGUUUGUGGCCAUCAUGGAAUUUGUGUGGUCCACACGCCGUUCGGCGGAGACUGAUGAGGUUUCAGUGUGUCAGGAGAUGAUGACCGAGUUCAGAAACGCUAUUUCUUGUAAAAAGAGUUCUCGUCUGCGGCGACGGCGGCCAUUGUCCUCCCACGGAAUCCUCCGGCAUCCUGCCCGCCUUCCCCUGGGUGCCCCACGGCCCGUGAGGCUGGUGCGUGAGAUGCGUCUAAGCAACGGUAAGCUCUACAGUGGGGCAGGACCAGGACCGUUGGCUGGAGCUGCGGCAGGACCAGCUGGUGUGGGCGGGGGUCCCUUGGACGUGGGCCCAGGUCCACAGCGUCUGCUGGAGGACCCUCUGGGGGCCAAUAUGCCCAGCACACCUCCCCCUGCACCAUUGGCUCCCAUGCUCCCCCCGGCGCCGCCCCGUGGCUGCACUCACGUGCGUGUGUGCCAGGAGUGUCGGCGGAUCCAGAGCCUCCGCUCUGCCUCGUCCUCCUGCUCGCGCAUCCCACCCUUAGCCUCGGCUACCUCGUCCCUCCCUCGUCUGCCCCCUCCCCCACCCCCGUCUUCCUCUAACACAAACACCGACAGCGAAGGAGGGGGGUCAACCAGCCCCCACCGGCCCAAGCCUAAGCCCACGCCCCCUCCACGGCCUGUCCCGCCCACAAAAACACCCCCCACAGAUAUGCUCUGCAAGCAGGACUGAAUCUGCAGGCAACAGGCUGCACUAUGCGCAAAAAUGUGCAAAAGAUUAACAAUCUCAACAAACUGAUGUCAAUUACGGAGGAAUCAGAUCACUCUGACCUCUGAUUGGACCACAACAGAAAUGAGAUAUUUUGGAGAAAGCUGUAAAGAUAUUUUAAGAAGAGAAACCAGCACAGUAACAGGGACCUGAAAGUAAUGGGAUAUUUUGUGUUUUCAAGAUUGAGAAAGACAAACUGGACCAACUUUCUUCAUCAACAUCCCAUUCUAAACAUGCAAAAGUGGGGGCCGACCCAUCCAGAAUCAUGUAACCUUGGUCUUCAUGACUAUGUACUAUGCAACAUGUCAGAGAGCAAAAGCCCUGGAGGAGAACAUUGCUGUUCCAGACAUCAUAGUGGAAUAUGGCUUCCAACCUUUGGGGUUUGCAUUCCUUCUUUUCUCUUCCAUAACUGUGAGCUGGAUGACUUGAGCUAAACCUUAAACCCCCGAGAGGACCAUGCAGAACUACACAGAAUUAAAGUGACUUCCGGGGACUGAGACAUGGGUUUUAACUCUUUUUUUUUGUAACUCAGAAGGAACUCACCCCAAAAGACCAAGGGUUGGAGAAAACAAGUAUUCUAGCGUUGUUUUUCUUCCUGGCUUAAUUUCUUUUUUCUUUGUUUCCUUUUUAUUUUCUGUCCCUUUCCUGUCUCUGUGUUGCUAUGGACAGUAGUUUUUUGAAGACUUAUUUUUUAACUUGGUUAGUGGACAUUUUAUCACUUAAUCUAAUUUUCUGUCCCUUGAUUUCUGCCCAAACAGCUGGAUCUACCCUUAAAGUGACUGGAUGGUAAAAGGCAGGGUGGGUUUCCCAAGAGUAAAGAGCGAUUAACAUCCAAAAUGUUUAAAGUUUACUGUAAAGUAAACACAAUAAAAAGGGGUCAGGCUUCACCUCAUAUGCAUUGCUGUGACAUGAUGGAAGAGUGACUGAUACUGGUAUUACAGCAGUACUGCUGUUAUUAUCAAAAAUGAUUGUAAUCUGUAAAGAUGGUGAGGUGUACUUUAAGCUGCUACAGAACAGAUGAACAUUACCCAAAAAUCUGUAGUAAACAAAAGUAGGAAUCAGUCCGGUCAGGCUAAAUUAUUAAAGUGCAUACGUUUUGCUCCAUGCUUGGGUGAGUGUGUUCUUGUAUGUAUGUGCGAGCAUGUGAAUGAGAGUGUGUUCCUUGGUAUGCCAGUGAGCUGUUUUUCUUGUUUGUUUUGCCCUUUCUAUUACUGAGUUUCUCAUAUUUCUGUUCCAGCCAUAACUGCGAGAAAAUUAUUCAGAUUAUAUUGUUAUUAUUAUUGCUAUAAAAUGUGGGGUUAUGUAGGAGGGCCACCACCCUCUAAAGUUAAAUAUAUAGAGACAUAAAUC